AGGUCCCGUGUGCUGUCGCACUGAAACUGACCAACCCCACCUACCCACCACCCUUACACACCGGUGUCCGUCAAUCUAUUCGUCUUGUGUUCCCCUUCUGUCAGCAGUAGAGAACACAUAGCUAGUCCAACAGCCAGUCAGUGUGUCAGUCACUCAGUGUUUCAGUGGGUGUUUGUCAGUGAAGAAAGUCCACCUUAUCACACUCAGUAAAAAGUCUGUUUUGUCAAUUUGUUGAUUAGUUGGUCCGUUGGAGUCCUCAUCCCUCAGUGCUUCAGUCAGCACUCGAGAACCAAAAUCUUUAAACCCAACUGUCAAAGUAGCUGUCGCCAUGGCCCCCAAGAAGAAGGCCAAUCGUACAAAGAUUGCCAUGGAGCCAGUUGUCACCCAGGUGACCACUGUUACCACUCAGAUGGCAGGAGGAGUGGUGGUGGUGGAGGGCGUGAAGAAGAUUGAGGAGAUGGCCGCACUGGAUAUCGUGCAGCUCAACCACCUCAACCUCCCACUGCCCCCUCCCAUCAUCAAGCCCGGAGAAAAGGGCCUGGGUCUGGGCUGUGAGGUUACCCGCCCCCUCCACGGCAAUGCCCUGCUGGAGGAGCUGAGCCGCAUGCGCCAGGAGCGCUUCCUCACCGACCUGGAGCUGGCCUGUAAGACCAAGGCCUUCGACGUGCACAAACUGGUCAUUUCUUCCAUCAGCCAGUACUUCCGGGAGGUCCUGGCCAAGGACCCUGGAAUGAAGCGUCUAGAGCUGCCCUCACUCUCCCCCCUCGGUAGGUUUCAAACUAAACCACCUAGCAUCUAUAGCUGAUAUUUAUUAAAGGCAGGAACAGUCUUGUUUGGAAACAUAUUUGUGAAAUCCGCAUUAAUAGACAAAAACACAUGAAUAAAGUGAUGAUGUUGUCCACCUAUUCCCAGGCCUGGCCAACGUGAUCACCUUUGCCUACCUGGGCCGCGUCCACAUGUCCCUGUACACCAUCGGCUGUACUGUGUCAGCUGCUGCCACCCUCCAGAUCCCCCAGCUGCUCCAGAUGUGCAUGGACUUCCUGCUGGCUGAGAUGAACGUGCAGACGUGCGUGUACGUGUGGAACAUCUCCGCCGCCUACGGCCUGAUUCCCGUGCGCGACGCAGCCCGCCGCUUUGUGCUGGAGAACUUUGUCGCGUUCACCGAGACACCCCUGUUCAACCAGCUGACCCUGGAACAGAUCACAGCCUUCCUCCAGGAGGACAGCCUGCUUCUGCCAUCUGAAGUCACCGCCUUCCAGGUCAGCUCAGCUCACCAUGUUUCCUCAUUCCCUACCCCCAACAUACAGCCAUUUUGAUCGAAACCUAAAUCCAGCCUCAGACCAGCUGUUAAGGACAUGAUAUAGCCACAUGACCCUAGUACACGGACACUUGCCAGGCUAUUUUACAUCCUACUGUGAAUAGAAAUACUCAGUCAGUAUAACUCACUGUAUGUAUGGUUAUUAAUACACAAUACCAGUAGGGAUGAGAGACUUAGCAAGGAAGCAGAGAGGGAGCGGUAUUUAUAAACCGAAUCGAAUAGGAUUCUAAGUAUAGUUCUGGUUUCAUUCAACCACAGUUGGCCAUGAAGUGGCUGGACUUCGACCCCAAGCGCCAGGUGCACGCCACCGAGCUGCUGUCCCACGUGCGCUUUGAGACCAUCCCCGCCAGCGAGCUGGUCAGCGAGAUCCAGCCCGUGGCGAGGAUGAUGAUGGACCCUCACUGCCACCGCUUGCUGGUGGACGCCAUGAACUACCACCUGCUACCCCACCAACAGAACACGCUGCAGUCUCGUCGCACGCAGGUGCGUGGCGGACAGUCCACCCUGCUGACUGUUGGGGGGCGUCCCUCCAUCACAGAGCGGGCACUGAGCAGAGUGGUGAGUGUGGGGGAUCUGGUGGGGGGCUAAACGUUAGGCAGAGGUCAAAGACAUGAUGAAGUAAACCAACAUUUUAGAAGACUACUGUUUCACCAAUCACCAUGAUUCAACAGUCUUAUCCAAAAUGAGAAGUGCUAAGUUGUUGACGUAUGAUUCCCUUCCAGGUGCUGUGGAGAGACCCACGUGAGGGUGUGGCCACCUGGCGCCACCUAUCCCAGCUGCCCGCUAAGAGCUUCAACCAGUGUGUGGCUGUGAUGGAUGGCUUCCUGUACGUGGCCGGAGGAGAGGAUCAGAACGAUGCACGAAACCAGGCCAAGCACGCUGUCAGCACCCUCAGCAGGUACAUGGAUAUCCUGUAUAUGUAUGAGCAAACACCCACACAUGAGAAAGGUCACUGACCAGGUCCAGACCUUAACAUACCGUAAAUAUAACAAGGCAGUAAAGCAUACUUGAGUGUUCCUUGAUUAUGUGUAGAUUUCAUUUCACUUUAGACAAAUGUAUAUUCUGACUCAACACUGUUAAUCUCUUGCUCCUCAGGUACGACCCUCGCUUCAACACGUGGCUGCAUCUGGCUAGCAUGCGCCAGCGCCGCACCCACUUCAGCCUGGUGGCCACCAGCGGGCGCCUGUACGCCAUUGGCGGCCGCAACGUGGAGGGCCUGCUGGCCACCACCGAGAGCUACCUGCCCUCCUCCAACACCUGGCAGCUCAAGACGCCCAUGGAGGUGCCACGCUGCUGCCACGCCAGCGCCGUGCUGCCCUCCGGAGACAUCCUGGUGACCGGCGGCUACAUCAACUGCGCCUACUCUCGCUCCGUGGCCUGCUACAACAUUGAGACGGACAGUUGGAGUGAGAAGGCCAGCCUGGAGACACCCCGAGGCUGGCACUGCUCCUCCACCUUGGGAGGGAAGGUGUACGUGGUGGGUGGUAGCCAGCUGGGCCCCAGCGGAGACCGUGUGGACGUCCUGUCCAUGGAGGUGUUCUCCCCGGAGAACGGUGAGUGGAGCCGGGCCUCCCCCCUGCCCCUGGGCGUGAGCACAGCAGGCCUGUCACCGCUCGGGGAACAGCUGUACCUGCUGGGUGGCUGGAACGAGGCCGAGAAGCGCUACAAGGCGGCUGUGCAGAAGUAUACCCCAGCAACCGACAGCUGGUCCAUGGCGGAGAAUCUGCCCGAGGCCACUGUGGGUGUGUCCUGCUGCACCCUGACCCUCCCACCCCGCCACGCCCCCCGCAGGCAACAGCACCACAACACCCCAGCAACCAAGGAGGAGCAGCUACAGCCACAGAGAAAGAGCAGUGAGGCCCCACAGCCCAUCACUGCCUGAGAGCGAGAUUUAAAAAAAAAAAGAAAAUAAAAAAAAAAAGGGAGAGAGAAGGAAGAUGGAAGGGAGGAGUGAUAGAGAGGUGGAGGAGAGAAGAGAGCUGUAGAUAGAGGAACAGAGCAGGAAAGGAAGGAAAAUGAAAGAUGGAAGGAAGAGUGAAUAAUUAUUAACUCUUUUAGUGGUAUGAUAACAGUACAUUAGGGAGUUCAAUAAAAUGGGGCCUAUGUGGUUGUUGAAUGUGAAUAUGACUAAAUUAAAUCAAUUUGCAGUAUGUGUACAAUAUGUAUUGCAGUUAGUAAUGUGGAACAUGUUAGAACUGUGGUGAUUACGUGUGUGCAUGGUUGCAAGAGUGU